CUAUCUAAGAGCUUCUGGUUCCAAGAGUACCACACACCAAAAACAACCCAAAACAAAACACCCACUGGGUAGGAGGGAACCUAACUGACUCCCUCAAGCUGUCUUCUACUCCAGUCACGAGCCCUGCCCACCCACACACACCAGAGUCCCUUCCCGGAAACCGGAAGAGACGUAAAGAAGGCGGGGCAGCGUUUUAGAAACCGGACCGUGAAGCUUUGCGCUUCCUCUUUCCAGCCAGCGCCGAGCGAUGGGCAUCUCUCGAGACAACUGGCACAAGCGCCGCAAGACCGGGGGUAAGAGAAAGCCCUACCACAAGAAGCGGAAGUAUGAGCUGGGACGGCCUGCUGCCAACACGAAGAUUGGCCCUCGUCGUAUACACACAGUCCGAGUCCGAGGAGGCAAUAAGAAGUACCGUGCCCUAAGAUUGGAUGUGGGGAACUUUUCCUGGGGCUCUGAGUGUUGUACUCGGAAAACAAGGAUCAUUGAUGUUGUCUACAAUGCAUCCAAUAACGAGCUGGUCCGCACCAAGACCCUGGUGAAGAACUGCAUCGUGCUUAUCGACAGCACGCCAUACCGACAGUGGUAUGAGUCUCACUAUGCGCUGCCCCUGGGCCGCAAGAAGGGGGCCAAGCUGACUCCUGAAGAGGAAGAAAUAUUAAACAAAAAACGAUCAAAGAAAAUCCAAAAGAAAUACGAUGAAAGGAAAAAGAACGCCAAAAUCAGCAGUCUUCUGGAGGAGCAGUUCCAGCAGGGCAAGCUUCUUGCCUGUAUUGCCUCAAGACCAGGCCAGUGUGGCAGAGCAGAUGGCUACGUGCUAGAAGGCAAGGAGCUGGAGUUCUAUCUGAGGAAGAUCAAGGCCCGGAAAGGCAAAUAAAACAUCAUUCAUAGCUCAUGUAAUAAAGGUGUUUAUUGUUCUGUAUUUA